CACGUGGACGAUUGGCGAGACCCGGGACGCUAUACUUUCACAUUUUUUGGGCCAUUAUUGUUAUUAUUAUUAUUACUACUCUUGUUAUUAUUAAUAUUAUUAUUAGAACAAUUAUUGUGAUCAUUUGAUUUUUUUUCCCCCUCCGUGAGCAUGGUGGCCGCGCUCCGCUCCCUGCUCGUGUCCGUGACUCUGGCUGCGGUGGCGCGCCUGUCCUCCGCCGUGGGGGCGGUGAUCCGCUGCGAGCCGUGCGACGCCGGAGCGCGGACGCUGUGCGACCCCGUGCCCGAGGACUGCGUGGAGCGUGUGCGCGAGCCGGGCUGCGGCUGCUGCGUGACGUGUGCGCUGGCCGAGGGUCGAGCGUGCGGGGUCUACACGGGGCGAUGCGGUGCGGGGCUGGUCUGCCGACACCGGCCGGGCGAACCGAGGCCGCUGCACGCGCUGCUGGAGGGCCGCGGGGUGUGCGUGAACCAGACCGCACCUCCUCCUCCAGUCAGCGCUCGAGAAGUCCAGAGUGCCAGGAUGCCUGAGGAAGAUUCCAGCAGCAACACAACGAGUCCAACGGUGCCAGCUGGACACGAGCAGUCAACGGAUGUCUUUCCCUCCCACGUUCGGCGUCCCCCGCCCUACCGGUUUCACCCCAAAGCCGAGGACAUCCGACGCGAGCAAAGCCGGAAGAGCCAGAGCUUCAAAAUAGAGGAACCUCUGGCAGAAGCCCCUUCCAACCAUGAGAACAUCGCCUUCGAGUCCAAGCAGGAGCGAGAGUAUGGUCCGUGUCGAAGGGAACUGGACGGAAUAAUCAACAUGCUGAAGGUCGCACACAUGGUGAACACCCGAGGUUUACGCAUCCCGAACUGCGACAGGAAAGGCUUCUACAGGAAAAGACAGUGCUGGCCGUCUAAGGGCCGGAAACGAGGCAUAUGCUGGUGCGUGGACAAGUACGGCCAGGCCCUGCCAGGCUUCGACAGAAAGGAGAAACCUGCGCAGUGCUACGCUCUAGAGAAGCACUAAAAAAAAAGAGCAGACGGGCAAAGGAAAGAGAAGGAGAGAUCGAUGACGUGUGUGUACAGUACACUGAAGAAUCUCCACACUCAGACCCUCCAUCUCAGACUCGUGUAUCCAUCCUCAAGGAAGAAACAAAAAAAAUAUCGACGGCUUAAAAUUCUGGGCUUUCCCGAGCUUCAGCCAGCUCUAAUUUGUGUCUGUCCCCCACGCUUUAGCAGCAGUGGAACCCUAGAUGCUUGCAGGAGAGAAAGAGAUGAGGGGAUGUGGGGAUGUCGCAGGAGAGCUGUAGUGCGUGGACGGAAUUGAGAAGGAAAAAAAAAGGACAUGGAAGAAGGCACUAAUGCUAUAGAGCACUUCCUAUAAGUUUGUGUGUGUGUGGCUACUAUAAUAACCUCCAUAUGUGCCUCUGUGUCUACAUACCCAUCAGUGACUUUUUUUUUUUUUUUUUUUUUUUUUUUUCUUUUUUCACGACCUUCACUACACAUUCCUCCUGGGUAGGAAAUGAAACGGAACUUGACUGUUUUGGCUUCUGUAUCAAAAGCAUGUGCAUGAUGCAUGAAUACAACCGUAUAAACUCACUAUAUUAGGACUGAUCAUAACUCCUACAAGACUUCCAUAUCUGCUUUAUUUCCUCUGCAUAUACAAUAUUUCAUAACCAUCCAUCUUAAAAAUGUUCUCAAAGGAAGUGUGCCAUUACUUUGAGACAUUCUAAACACAGCAACAUUAUUAUUUUUGUUUUUUGAGGUUUGUUUUUUUUUUUUUUCCAGCGUGAGUGACAUCGAGCCAUUUUUUUCUGGCUUUUAAUCAAGUGUGUAAAGUUGAAAGCUUUCCAGAAGACUUCCUUGUUCCCUGCACUCUAACAUGAGCCAAUAUUAGGAUGUUGUUGUUGUUGUUGUUGUUGUUGUUGUUGUUGUUGUUUGUUUUGACUGUGUGUACAAAAACUUGUCAUGUCACUACAUUUUGCUUUAUAUUUUCGGUUUGCUAUGAAAUGUCUGGCGGUGGCUUUAAACGUAUGUUUGAUAUUUUGUUUUGACGACUUGCUCAAUCUUUCUCACUACAGCCAACUAGCAUAAAGGUGUAAAAUCUGGCAUAAAAUAGUUCAAUUUCCAACUGAAAUAAGUUUUAGACUUUUAGAAUGAUUCAGAAUUUUAUAAACAGUGUAGAAUUGCAAAACUGAAAUUUUCAAAUCCACCCAAUGAGAGUAAAUGCAUAACAUUUUUACAACUAAAUUAACUAACGUAAGACGCUCAAUUCGGAUUCAGAAUGUAAACAGGAAUAAGACCCCAAGACUAGAAUACAUUUCUCCUAAGUAGACGAAGAAAAAAUCUCCAAGUGUAGUAAAAUUCUGAAGCUAGCAUAAAAUCCGUAACUACA